AGACAUCAAACGCAUCGCAUGUCCAGCGUCAAUUGUACUUAUUAAUUUGCCCAACUUCGCAUCCUGGUGGUCCUCCAGAGCUGCUGUCCAGAAGCAUCGUUUUAUUGACCGGACGUUCACCCAAGCUUUGGCGGAGAUAGGCUCCUCUCGUACGCACUUAACUCGUCCUCCAACCGCUCCAUCGCCAUGGCGGGCGCAAAACCCAAAUUUCGACAUCUGUCGAGAUCGUCUGCUCACAGACAAGCCAUGCUAAGGAACAUGUUGGAGUCUUUGAUCGAGAAGGAGCAAAUCCAGACCACAUACGCCAAAGCGAAGGAAUGCCAGCGACUGGCAGAGAAGGUUAUCACUCUGGGGAAGAAGAACACACCGGCGGCGAGAAACAGGGCAUCACAAAUAUUCUACAGACCCAAGGUGCUGUUGCCAAAGCUCUUCGGCGAACUACGAGAGCGAUACGCUGAACGGGCAGGCGGUUACACCCGCGUCCUCCUCAUCGAGUCCCCAAAGGAAGACCAAGCGCGGUCUGCCAUUCUCGAGCUCGUCGACGGCCCCAAGGACAUGCGAUACAACAUGACGGCGCGGACCAUGGCGCGGGACUUGCGCGAGUCAAGGGAGCACACCCCGCUGACGCUGCGAAAUAUCGCCAAGGUGACGCGGUUCCGAAAAGGCGGCGUGCAAGAGCUGGAGCAGCUGGUCGAGAAGCUGGUGAUUGAGGCGGAUCCGGAGGUGGAGGAGAAAAAGGUGCAGGUGCCGGCGAAGAAGAAGGUUUAUCCCGAGCCAGGUCUGGUGUUCGGCAAGGACAGGUUAAUAUCGGGCAUGCCGUGGCAAAGCCGGAAGAGCUUGCAGGGUGCAAAGAUGCAGCAUAAGCCGACGUCGUGGUAGAGGAAGGGAAAAGGGUCACGUUCCGUCUUUUUCGUCGUUGCACGGCUGUGUCUUAACGACACGGACGCUGCUGAGAUAUCGGUUCUCACUUCUUGUCCGGCCGCUUCAGCAUCAGUCGCUCAAGAGCGUACAGAGACGGUGUGCCUGGGUGGCAUGGACUGGAGACUUUUUCUUGACGCAGUCACGUCGAUUGUACGCCGACUGCCGAAUGUACGUGUAUUCUCGAAAGGUGCAAACGGUUGUGCUAUGAUCCUCUCAAA